UCUACUGCCGUUAGCAUUGUAUCGGUUCAACUCCCUGGCGCAUUCUAGUGCCUGGGAUGUCAUUACAGUACGAGCUAAAAAAACGGGAAGCUAACUAGCUUAUGAAGCUUGGAUGGAAAUAUCUGGGUGUUAGUCAUAGUGAGUUAUUUAUUUUUGCAUGGAUCUGUGACACUUUACACGCGAAUGUUUUGCACGUUUACUCCGCUAGCUGUUAGCUAACGUUGGUGCCUAGGCGUUUAGAUAGCUAGCCAGUUAGCGAGUAAGAAAAUGUAUCAUUUGUAUACAAUUCUCGCUGCACUUUUGUCUUUCCUGGUAACGAAAUGGAUGAAACGCAGGAGGUACUGCAUGGAUGUAAAAAGACUGGAUGGAAAAACGGUUCUUAUAACUGGAGGUAACUCUGGCAUCGGUAAAGAGACGGCCGUGGCUUUGGCCCUGAGAGGAGCUCGAGUUAUCCUCGCCUGUAGGGAUGAAGACCGAGCCAGGAAGGCUGUGAGGGAGAUCAAGAACCGGAGCCGCAACAUGAACGUGCUCUUCAUGGAGAUGGACCUGGCCAACAUGAGAUCCAUCCGAGAGUUCUGCAAGAACUUCUUGCAGAAGGAGAAGAGGUUGGAUAUUCUCAUCAAUAAUGCAGGCAUUCCCAGUGUCCUGGACUGGACCGAUGAUAACUUUUCCAUGUGCUUUGGCGUAAAUCACCUGGGUCACUUCCUCCUGACCAAUCUUCUCCUGCCACGGCUCAAGGAGAGCACGCCGAGCCGCGUCAUCAACCUCACUUGCUCCAGCUACAAGUACCAGAAACUGGACUUCCAGGAUCUGAACUACAACCUGUUCCCUUUCUUCACCUACAGCCGCAGCAAACUGGCAAACAUCUACUUCACCCAGGAGCUGGCUCGCAUCACGGAGGGCAAAGGAGUCACUGCCUACGCUGUGCAUCCUGGUUACGUGCAGAGUAACUGGACGUGUCACUACUCGUUCCUGUAUCAGCUAUUCAUGAAGGUGAUCAUGUUUAUGUUUUUCGUGUCGUGCGAGGCGGGGGCACAGACGGUCGUGCACUGUGCCGUAUCGGAUGAGGUCACGGCUCAUAACGGGGGCUACUUCAGCGACUGCAGACCCGCCGCUUUAAAACCUUACGCCAAGGACAGCGGUGUAGCCAAAAAGCUCUGGGAGGCCAGUGAGAGAUUGGUCAAGCUUGCCUGAUUCAAAAGAGCUGCCUGAAUAUCUGUAUAUUUGUUUUAAUUUGUAUAAAUACGAUUUAUUUAUGAAGUGUGUGCAAUUUUUCUUGUUGACAUGACUGUAAUCUGUCUAAGUCAAAUAAUAAUAAUAUAAUAAAGAAACCGAUCGAUGAAACAUCCACAGAAUCCUUUUAGUAUUUAAAUCUUCAUUUUUAUUUAGAACACUUGAACACAUUUCCUUAAGUCAGGUAACACAUAGCAAGUUUGUAGAACAGAGCAACGAUAAGAGUAAGAAUAAUCCGAGAAAUAAAAGAGUAUAUCAUCUUAUACAGGAACCCAAAACUGACAGCGGGCUACCGUGAAGACUUCAGAGCAACUAGGUGUGAAACGGAAGAACGGCAGGGAAUCAGGAAAAAGAGUGUAACGAUACGGUACUGAAACAACCGAGUCGAGUGUUGGCGUUGUCAGUGCAGGUAAUAUUACUACACGAUUCUCAUCACGUGAAACCUCUCUGCCGUUUCUCGUGCCUCUUCCGAGCAGCUUGAAAGCGAGCACCUCGACCUCCCUGAUGAAUAAGACCGACUCCACAGGUCAAAGUGUAUUAAGCACAACCACUAAUAAUUAACUUCAGUGUCUAUCCGCAAUUAUUCCACUUCCUGUUCAUUCAGAUGUCAGCCACCUGCACUGACAACCUAGGAGCUUGAAUACAAAAGCAUGCCUUGAAAUAUUAUCACCAAUUAUUAUUAUAUUAUAUAUAUAUAUAUAUAUAUAUAUAAUCUCGAUCUCAUCAGUGUUAUUACACCUUUCGUUCAUCCAGAGACAAAAAUAUUUUUAUGCACUUACAAAGCUUGGAAAAUAGAUAAGAGAGAGGUUUAGUUAACCAGCAUUCAAUAGAAAAUGAAAAUAAGAAAAAAGAAAAGAAAAGAAAAGAACGAGGAUUAACACCAAACUUCGUGUUUGAGUGACUUGUCAUGCAAAGAAAGUCCGGCUAAAACUCUAGUAAACUGCCGCUUUAAUACUGUGUGUCCUGUUUAAUAAUAAUAAUAAUAAUAAUGUGCAUCACUUAUUUUACAUGAUUAUUUUCAAUGGUAAACACACAAAGAACAUUAAUACAUUUUACAUGCUGUUUUGUUGUUAUUUUUUUGUUUGUUUUAAAUACUCAAGGAGUGAACUGG